AUGUUUCUAUCUCUUCCUACAUUGACUGUCCUUAUUCCAUUGAUCUCUUUAGCAGGACUGAUCUACUCAGCCUCUGAGGAAGAGAACUUCCCACAGGGCUGCACUAGCUCAGUCAGCUUUUACAGUUUGCUCUUGCCCAUUACCAUACCAGUGUCCGUGUUCUUCCACCUUUGGACUUGGAUGGGUACUAAAUUCUUUAGGCAUAAUUAA